UAAAAAACCGGCGUCAGUCAGCCUUUAAACCACCGUCCUCGCUCCCCUCUCGAUACGAUAGAUGAAUUCAAUACGCCGUGAAACCAGAGGCAGCCUGGUACCAGCCCAGCCAAGCAGUUCCGUUCCGUUCAAUUCUGCGAGCGAGCUCUUCGGAAUGGAAGAUCGGGAAGAUUUGAGGUCGAUACUACCGUAUUUGCCGGUGGUUCUCCGAUCGUCGACAUUGUUCUGGCCCUCGCAAGUUGUGGAAGCUCUCAAAACUCUGUCAAGAGGUCCCCAACACAGCAGAGUCGACUCCGGUGAGGUUUUCUUCAUCGCCAUUUCUGAUCUCAGGCACUCCCUCUCCCUCUCUCACUCGGAACGCCUUGCCUCCACCGCUGCCGAUGGCUACGCCCUCUUCUUUGACGACUUGAUGUCCCGUGCUGAGGCGGCAAAAUGGUUUGGAGAGGCAGUCCCGGCAAUGGCAAAUUUGCUAUUGCGGUUGCCGUCUCUGUUAGAAUCUCAUUAUGAAAAUGCAGAUGGUAAUGGCGGAAGAACUAGUCUUCGUAUCUUAGAGUCACAAGAACAAGGGAUAGUUUUCCUCAGCCAGGGUCACUUGGAGAUGGACUCCCUCUAUGAUUUAGAAUAUUCAUUUGGUACAACAACUCUCCACUCAAUUAGGGAAUUGAUCGGUGCCCUUCUUGCAUGCUCCUUCUUUUGUUUGUUUCCAAUCACUAAUAGAGGUGCCAAACAUCUUCCAAUGAUCAACUUUGAUCAUUUGUUUGCGAGUCUCUAUGACAGUUAUAAUGAAAUGCAAGAGAAUAAAAUAAAAUGCAUCACACACUAUUUUGAGAGGAUAUGCUCCUGUAUGCCUGUGGGUGUUGUCUCCUUUGAGCGUAAAGUACUUCCUUUGGAAAAUAGCUUUCCUUGUGUUUCUUAUCCAAAGGCUGAUUUUUGGAGCACGUCUUCUAUUCCUCUCUGUCGUUUCAAGGUUUAUAGGUCUGGCUUGAUAGAAGAUCAAUCUUGUGAAGCUCUUGAAGUGGAUUUUGCUAACAAGUAUCUUGGAGGUGGUGCUCUUCACAGGGGUUGUGUACAGGAAGAGAUCCGUUUCAUGAUCAAUCCAGAAUUAAUUGCUGGCAUGCUUUUCUUACCUUCCAUGGCAGAUAAUGAGGCUAUAGAAAUUAUAGGUGCAGAAAGGUUUUCAAAUUAUACAGGGUAUGCUUCUUCAUUCCGUUUUUCUGGUGACAAUGUUGAUAAGAGGGAUUUAGAUUUAAUGGGAAGACAUAAGACGAGAAUCGUUGCGAUUGAUGCACUAUGCAGGCCAGGAAAGAGACAAUUUGGACAAGAAUGCCUUCUCCGGGAGAUUAACAAGGCGUUCUGUGGCUUUUUCGGUCAAUCUAAAUGUCAGCAGUAUCAGAGACUGUUUCAAGAUGAUAAAUUUUGCAGAGAUCAGAUUGAUCAAGAUGUUAAAGGCCUCAUAGGCAUAUGCAGGGAUUCUCAUUUGGUAUUGUUCUUUCUCUCAAGUUCAAUUUGAAUAAAAGAAUAUUGG